AUGUUGGUACUAGGUCACCGAAGAGGAGAGGCCAGGGUUCAAUUCCUCGUUGCGGUACCUAAGGAAGCCAUGAAGAAGUUCAUUGAAGCAGCCAGGGAUGAUGCCGCUAACAUUCAGGAAGAAGUUUUGUUGAAUAAACGCGGAAGAUUCUACUGGCUGGAGAUGUGCUCCAGAAUUUUCCUGUGCAGUCCCUGUGAUCAGACUAAUACUUUAGGUGAAGCCCUGGCUAUGCGGGAUCUCAAAGACUAUCUGGAGGCGGCAGAUCCUGAUGGCGAUUUCCCCCGUGUUUUGGAUCAGAUUUGCCGUGACAGCGUCGGUCGGUCGGUGUCGGAGUUGGGAAAAGCACUGCCUAUUGUGCGUGCCUGGGAACAUGUGGCAUUGGAGCAUAAAGAGGCACUAGAGGUCAUAGACUGCAGGCGUUUGACACCUGUGGAGCUGGCGGACGCCCGCGGUAGUCUACCAAAAGAGUGGCUGCCGCUGCUCGUAGAACGAACCAAGAAGCGACUUUGUCUGCUUGUUGCUGCUUUUUCUACAGGUGCCGUUGUGGCUAGUGGGAUCGCGCAGGGGUGA